ACUGACGCCGGGGUUGUGCUGUUGCUCCGGCUCCUUGCAAACAUACGCUCCACACCUCCACAGCACAAACAGCAGAGGGAUACCCACAACUACAACAGAAGUGUCUGCUGGUCCAAACAAAGAUGAUAGAAACCUUAUCUGGACAUCUGGCUGCUUAAGAAAAUCAUUCCCCGGUCCAGAGGCUCAGGUUCCUGCAGCACCAGAUACCACAGUGACAGAGUGUAUUUGCUUUGUAGUGGCGUGCUUCCAGAUUUCCACUGAAGCAUCCGCUCUUCUGCGUAGCAGCACAGCCCUGCAAAUCCAGCUCCUAUUUGCACUGAGUCACCGCUCCCCACCCCCGCCUUGUCAUCUCCCCGCCCUGUCUGCCCCGAUGCACUCCACCACCUCCAUCACCUCCCUCUUCUCCUUCACCAGCCCAGCUGUGAAGAGGCUACUGGGGUGGAAGCAGGGGGACGAGGAGGAGAAAUGGGCAGAGAAGGCCGUGGACUCCCUGGUGAAGAAACUGAAGAAGAAGAAAGGGGCCAUGGAGGAGCUGGAGCGGGCGCUGAGCUGCCCGGGGCAGCCCAGCAAGUGCGUGACCAUCCCCCGGUCGCUGGACGGGCGCCUCCAGGUGUCACACCGCAAGGGCCUGCCCCACGUCAUCUACUGCCGCGUGUGGCGCUGGCCUGACCUGCAGUCCCACCACGAGCUCAAGGCCCUGGACUGCUGCGAGUUUCCCUUCGGCUCCAAGCAGAAGGACAUCUGCAUCAACCCCUACCACUACCGUCGGGUGGAAACGCCAGUCCUGCCCCCUGUGCUGGUCCCACGUCACAGUGAGUUCAACCCCCAGCACAGCCUGCUGGCGAAGUUCCGAAAUGCUUCCCUACACAACGAGCCCCUCAUGCCCCAGAACGCCACCUUUCCCGACUCCUUCCCACCAUUGCCCUGCAACUCCUUCUCCUCCUCACCUACCGGCUCUUUCACCCAGUCUCCCAGCACUGUCAGCUACCCCAACUCCCCCAGCAGUGCGGCUGAACCAGGGAGCCCCUACCAGAUGACAGCUGAGACCCCGCCCCCUCCAUACAGCAUGACGGAAACAGCCGCCGCCGAGGACGUGAAGCCAGGGGACUCUUCUAACCCCCACAAGCUCAUCUUCUCCGCCCCCCACAGAGACCUACGGCCUGUGUGCUAUGAGGAGCCGGAGUAUUGGUGCUCGGUGGCAUACUACGAGCUCAACAACAGGGUGGGGGAGACCUUCCAUGCUUCCUCCCGCAGCAUUCUCGUUGAUGGCUUCACCGACCCCUCCAACAACAAGAACCGCUUCUGCCUCGGCCUGUUGUCCAACGUCAACCGCAACUCGACAAUUGAGCACACGCGCAGGCACAUUGGCAAAGGUGUGCACCUUUACUACGUGGGUGGAGAGGUGUACGCAGAGUGCCUGAGUGACAGCAGCAUCUUCGUCCAGAGCCGCAACUGCAACUACCAGCACGGCUUCCACGCUACCACCGUCUGCAAGAUCCCCAGUGGCUGCAGCCUCAAGAUCUUCAACAACCAGCUGUUCGCCCAGCUGCUUUCCCAGUCCGUAAACCAUGGCUUCGAGGUGGUCUACGAGCUGACCAAGAUGUGUACCAUACGCAUGAGCUUUGUAAAGGGCUGGGGUGCGGAGUAUCAUCGCCAGGACGUCACUAGCACUCCCUGCUGGAUCGAGAUCCACCUGCACGGUCCUCUUCAGUGGCUGGACAAAGUCCUGACCCAGAUGGGGUCUCCACACAACCCCAUCUCCUCCGUGUCCUAACAGCUGACAAGUAACUGACACAGGGAACAGAAGGGCGGGGCAGGGAAUCACCGGACACUAAAAAGAAUGGGGUUCACAGGUCCCGCUGCUUCGAUAUCAAUUGUAAAUGCUCAAAGUACAUUUCAAUCUGUUGUUGUGCAGCUAAGUUGUAAGUGGAAGUGUUUUCUUUUUUAUUUUACAGCAUUCGCAGGUAGAUCUGUAUAAUCCUUGACAUGACACUCAAAACUAUUAAAAAUGGGAAUUAACAUGUUGGUACUAAUUAAGUCUUAUUAAGUACAUUCAUUUAAUUUAGUUAACUAGUGUUUGUAAUGUUUAGAUCAGUACAUAUUAAUCGGUCAUUUAAAAAAAAAAGUCAAGUAUGGUCUUCAGCUUGUGUGUUUUGUUUUGUUUUUUUUUUGGAUAAAAAUAUAUAGCCUUGCCUCUUUUCCAGUGUUUUAAAGCCUCUCCUUUUAUUUCACCUGAAACAUAAACUUUGCAGCAUAGUGUAGCAAAAGUUUGCCCACAGAAGGCCCCAUGCUGGAGGUGCUUGCUCACAGCCCUCUCUCCAUCUGCCAUGUAAAAUGGACAGUUGCACUUAAAGAGGGGGAACCUGACUGCACUGGGGAAAUCUUUAUGGACUGUGCCGGCGCCUUCGAUAUGGGGCCUGCUGUAUCUGCUGACUCAGUGAAAAGCAAAAGACAAUAGCCAUCUCUCUCAGGAAAAUCUGGAGACCAGUGUUCAGAACAGGUUAAUGGAGGAAGCUCUGCGACACAGCCAUGACUAGUUCAAUUUCCUUGUACUGUACUUUGUAAUGGUAAUACCUGCACUACAGGCUAGCAGUUGUCUUUUUGCUUUUUCCUUCCUAAUUUGUAAGUAGCGUGUGGUUUCCUUUAUUUCUAGUAUGAAUAUAUCCCACUAAACUUUUGUUUUAGCUCUUAUAGUAGACUGAUAUAUUGAACUUGUAAUAUUUCUUAUCGGCAGAGAAAGAAGUUCUGUAUGUCCUUACAGGCACUCUAAAUGUAUUGUUUC